AUGUCUAAAUAUACGUGGGAAAGGAUCCCCACGGCCUUGGAACAUGCUGUUCACAUAUACCAGACUACAUGUCAACGGCAAAUACCAUACCCCGAUACAUUGGUCCAUAACUUCGUGAAAAAGUCAUCUGACAGUUAUAGGUACUUCCAUAGGAACAAGCUACUAGGGCCUGAAGAGAGCAGUAUAAACGCAGAGGACUUCAACCCAAUGGUUGCUAAAGUUCUAGCGCCACUAAUCAAAGACCCCAUCCGUCUACAAGGUAUCGAGGCGCUUUCAGUGGAAGAGAUAAUGGCCCAGGCUGGCUUUGAAAUGCGUCCCCUGGAACCUCUUAUCAGCCAGAAACCCAAAAGCGUAAGGAAUACCUCAAACUUCCUAGCUAACAUACUAUCAUCAUUUGCAUCUACCUGUUCUCCUUUACAGGCUCUACCUCCCAAUAAAGGCGCCAUGAACUCGUUCUUUUGGUACAGAAAGCUACUAGCAUCCACUCCGAUCAUUAUAUUCCUCAGACAAAAGCAACGUCUAUUCGCUGAAACCACAAUCCUGCAACAAAAUCUACCCUAUGAAAAGCUUCGAAAAGACUUGGAUUCGUUAACGCACCAGUAUAGGAAUUCUUCAUUAUCAAAUCAAAAGAUAAGAAACUACUACUUUACAAAUUUGGCAACACCGGACCUAUUCCGUCUUGCAUCUCUUUCACAGGAUAUAAAAUCAGCAAAGUGGAACGAUAAAAACUUCUGGCUCAACUUGCAAAAGUCAGAUCCUCUUAGUGAUGAACUCAUGGAUACCCAGAAACCGCAUAUUAUCGGCUACGACAAAACCAAGCCCGAAUUGGCCUUAAAUGAUAAGAGCAUUCCACGAUCUUACCCUCUUCCUGAACUACAGAAAAAGAUUUUGCGCCAAGAAGAGACCCCAGAACUUCGAAGUCUAUUCCCUUACGACGUUCAUUACUCUGAUCUAUACAUUCUCACGAUCGAGGAACCUAUCCUUCAAGAAGACCACGAAAAGCUCCUUGACGUUUUAGAACAGAAUCAAGAUAUGGAGAUCAUUGCAGCUCGCUUGAUGUUAUACUUCCCGGAUAUCACUAACAGCUUACUCGAUGCUUCACGUAAGUCUUCUGUACGUAAGGGAAUUCGCAGCCAAAAUAUGAACUAUGAUGAAUUGCUUAAGAUGGCCCAAGAAACGCGUCAUGAAGAAGCGCAAAAGGACAACAAGAACUUCAUGAGUAAUUUCUUUGAAAGACUAGGCCGUCUUGGUCUCGUUUACGUUGAAGACGGCUCUGCAAAGAACACGAUCAACAUUAUGAAGCAUCCCCAUAGUUAG